GGCGGCUUCUCCACACCUGUGAGAUUUAUCGGCAGGCGACAUGCGGACUAAGCUGCAUAUAAAAUGUAUAUUUGUCGUGCUUGGGGUCGUUGUCUUGAUGGUACUGGUAGAUAACUGGCUGACUUAUUAUUGGCUCGACGAAAAGGGUUACAACCGCGGUCGAUUGGACAGGGCGCGAAUCGCUCUCAAUAACGGCGACUACCAUAACUAUGAUAUGUACGGAUCGCUCCAGAAUCACGAAGAAAAUGAUAACUUCUUUACAUGGCGAGAUCAAGAUGUUGGUAGGGUUGUGUUUCCAAAGUACAUGUUUGGCUGGAGCAUUGUAAGAAUUCCAGCCCUUGUUUAUCAUAAAAAUGUGUACAUUGCAUUUUGUGAGAUGCGAGCCGAAUCUCACGGUGAUGCCGGCAACAUUAACAUAAUUGCUAAACGAGGUCAUCGUAAUCGUAAUAACCAGAUUCAGUGGGAGGAAACUAUGCUUAUUGCUGCAGUACCAGGAAUGAGAUCAAUGUGUCCCACGCCAAUUGUAGACCAUGUUAGGGAUGCUAUAAUACUUAUCUUUGUUGCAUUUCCACCUGGAAUGACUGAAUCACAGUUAAUAAAAAAUGUCACAUACCAUCAAUUAGUUAUGGUCAUGAAGAGUACAGACCUUGGGAGAACAUGGAGCAUUCCAGUUGAUAUUACUGCCAGUACUCUUAAUGCAAUGAGACGAAUACCAUCAAUGUUUGCAACUGGGCCUGGUCAUGGAAUCCAGUUAAAGUCUGGUAGACUGAUUGCACAAGGGAAUGUACAUGUUAAAAAAGUGCCAGGUGGCAAGUUCACGUACGACUUUUCUACAGUUAUUUACAGUGAUGAUGGUGGCAGUACAUGGAGCCCAGGUGGUACUGUUCCACUUGGAUGGGACAGCUUUGAAAAUAUCAUAAUGACUAAUGAAGCCACGGUUGUUGAACUUGAUAACAAUCUGUUAUGCCUAAACAGUCGAACACCAAAUGCAUUUCAAACACGUGCAAUAUCAUGCAGCAAGAAUGGAGGACUUCAAUUUGGUCUUCCACAAUUGAGUGAUAAUUUGGUGGAAUCUGGAUUCAAAAUGAGAAAUGGGAAUCUCCAUUUACUUAAAAAUCCAGGUUGUGAGGGUAGUAUGGUGGCAUUUCCAGCACCACCUGGUACCAACAUAACAGAUGAUGUUCACAAAACAUGGGUGCUUUUUUCAAAUCCCGCAAACAUGGCAGACAGAACCCGUCUUUCUGUUCGAUUGAGUACCAACAGUCUGAAGACUUGGAGUGAACCGUGGCGGUUACAUGAGGGAUCGAGUGGAUAUUCUGAUUUAGCGUACUAUGAGACAAUUGAGAACAGAAAGAAAGUUCAGAAUUUUGCAAUUUUAUAUGAAAUUGGUACAAAUGAAAUGAGUGAAAUUUCCUUCAGGACUUUUACAUUGCAGGAUGUCAUUAGAAAUAUUCCUCUGUCAUUGUGAUGUUGGUUGAAGAGAGGAAUGCAUAAACUAUGGCCUUCCAGUCACAUUUUUGUAAAUUAUUUUAAAUUGAGUAUUUGGUAUGAACUGUUUUUAUAGUAUUUAAAGAUACUUUGCACAAAAAUUAUAGGUAACAUUGAUGAUUUUGCUGGACAAAAACAGGUUUGCAUUUGAAUGUCAAGUUGGCUGUGAUUUCAAUACAAAUUUACUUUGUGAUA